AUGACGUCAUUCAAAAACACUCUGUGGAUGGCUCGCUCUCUGAUUGGUUUAUUGCACCAUUAUGGGCGGAGCUUGAGCGACGACUUCAAAUUCAAAAUCUGAACAGACUAUACUCAAAAACUUUUCUCACCGAUUUCGAAUGACUUUUCAUCUGAAAACACGAAAUUUAAAAAUUUAAAUUUUCCACAUUUCCAAGUAUACCGUUCGAUUUUCUCCGGCCUAUCACAGAUGAUUAGAAAGUCUAAAGCAGUUAUUGAAGCAGAAACAAAAAAAAAUUCACGCUCCAAAUAAACUCAGAAAUGACCUUUCUAAAAAAGUUAACGUGUUGAUUGCGUGAGAAAAGGUAUAAAAGGAGAGGAAAAUCGGGUUUCUUCAAAUCAUGAAGGCGUCUCUGCUUGCCAUCCUGCUGUUGGCCAUCGCCGCCGUCGCAUUCGCCAGCUUCGACGGCCAGGAUCUCAGCGACGACGAUGUCCGCUCUUCUCAAGGACUCCAUGGGCAGGCCCAAGCGCGCCAGUUCUCCCAAGAAGGCCCCGUUCGUUUCUUUUUUGAAUUUCUUUUUUAUUGAAUUUCUCUCUGCUCUAGUUUUUCACCAGGAAACAUUUUUCAAAAUAGCGUUUUUUUUGUCAUAAUUUUCGUAUUUGGCGGACUUUGAAGCUCUAUAACUCAGAAACAAGAUCUAUUGGGAGAAUUUUUUUUCUUCUUCUAGGGUCAGGGGUCCUAGUAGUACACUUAAGCAAAUUUUCAGCAAAAGUUGAACCGAGGGAUUAAAAAAGUUCUCUGGUGCAAGACUAUGUAAUUUGGGCGCAUGAUGUCGCGGUUUUUCUUAUUUUGUCUGAUUGAAAGGUGAGAAAAUUUUCCCAUUUUCCUCGGUUUAAAUUACAAUCGUGACUAUCUUAACGUUAUAGUGAAGAAAAAAGAGAAGUGUACUUUUUAAUUUUUUGAGGAAUCUUCGGGAAAUAAGCCAGCAAAUGUCCUUUUGAACCUAUGUACGCAUUAUUGGAAUCAUUUUGUGGAGAUCAUUCUGUUCGGAAAAAUAACCAAGGCAUUUCUUUUCAGAAAAGAGUUUCAACUAAAAAACUGAUUAGAAAAUGUGAAAAAUCCGGAAGCCAAAACACAACGGUGAAUACUUUCCUUAAGCUAACAAGAUCUAAUCAAGGUGGCAGAAGAAGUGGAGAAUGGUGCCCUUAAAGGCAUAUGGGCAGUGAAAAGCCGUGUUUCAGUUUGAAGCAGUACUUUGUAGAGUUUUCCAUUGCGAAUUGAACGGAAAACUUGGGAACGUACCGAACUUCCUAGUUUCGGCGAAAAAACAAUUUAAAGUCAGAGAAAGGAAAGCUUGAGUUCCCGCAAAAAGGGCGUUUUCCAGAAAAGUCGCUCUAUGGACAACACGUAUCGCCAAUUUUCGGAUUUUAGCUUUUUUCUUCGUUUCUUUCAACUCACGGCGUUUUGAAAAGGCUGGAGAGGGUGGCUAGAGGGCGCGGCUUAGCGCAACUGUCGCGCAGUUUUAGGAGGCGUUUCUCCGCGUAGAUUUACGUUCGCGUGUAAAUGUUUUUGACUGUUAAACUCUGUAAAACUGUUCUUUCCUGAGAAUAUCGUACGUGGAAAUGUUCAUCUCAUGACGGGGAACGAGAGGAAACUCAAAAAAUUUAUGGGAGCUUAUGAAGAGUGAAAAAUUAGCAAUUUUUCGAAAAAUCUGUUUUUUGCUCCAAAAUCUUGAAAACUCGCUUUUUUCUAAAAAACUACUACGGUGAACUAUUGAUCAAACAAUGGAGAAUAGGAUGAAAUCAAAAAAAGUUUUUUUCGAAUAAAGAUUGAAAUAGAGAAAUUAGAGCUUUUUCUCGAAAAAAACCUGUUUUUUUCGUCAUUUAAUCACUAAAAAGUAGUCUUUUUUUGAAAAUGUUUCACUAUCAAUCAAACGAUGGAGAACAAGUUAAAAACACAAAACUAAUUGCAAUAUAAGGCUAAGGUCCAAAUCUUAGACGAUUUGCGAAAACUGAAAACUUCGCGAAAUCGGGAACAAGAAAAAUCGUGUUCAUCGAAAAAUGUUCGUCUCAGUUAUUAACAACUGGAGAAAAAAUGGAGCAAAAAGAUCUAAAAACAACGAAAUUAAGUGAAAAAAAAGAAAAAGUGAAUUGAAAAAUUAAUAAUUAUCUGAUAAGAAGUGUACGCUGGCGCGAACUUGCUUCCUCCUACCGUACUCCGCCGUUAGAACUUUUUCAUCAGGGCACAUUUUAUCGCCUGCCAGUUUUUCUCUUCACGUCCACCCUUUUUAAAACGCCGUGAACUUUCAAUUUUUUCUGUUGUCACCAAAGCUCUUUUUCUCGCAAAAUCUUUCUAUCAAUGUUAAAUUUGCCAACUUUCCCCGAAAAAUUGCUCUCUGGUGAAAAAUGAUGAUUUUACGCAGGUUUCGAUUUGGAUAGCGAUUUGUGUAUUCUUUAUUAUCGGUGUGUCCUUCCAUCGUGAGCGAAAGUUUUCAGUUUCAUACAAGCCGCCGUGGAUGCUGUGAAUAAACGGCUCGAAUUCAAUAAGAACAUCGUCGAAUUUUUCGAGUACGUCCAGAAGAAGUACAACAACUUGCCGCCUUGGCUCCAGAAAGUUGUAGAGGGAGAGAAAAAGAAAGAAGUGAGGAUUUCGUGAUAAAAAAUAAUGGUAGCUCCUUUUUUUCCAGAAAGCCUAA